AUGGCAACAUCAUCCUUCAGCUCCAUCCUCCAGGUGUACCAGGGCUGGGCCAAUAGCGUGCUGUGUGAGGGCGGGUACCUGAUUGAGGACCUAACAGAGCUGCAGAAUGGCGCCCUGCUGUGUUGCCUGGUGGACAUUCUGACCGGCUCCAACCUCACCCCAACCAGCCAGAUCAGCAGCCCUACAGCCAGCCUGGAGAAUGUGGAGAAAGUGCUGAGUCAUCUCAGGCAGCACGGCAUCAAGCUCAGCGUCACUGCCAGGGGCGUUGUGUGUGGUGAACUCAAGUCCCUACUUGACGUGGUGUGGGCCUUGAUUCUACACUAUACAGUGCACAGCAAAGACUGUAACCCGUUCCAGCGCACAGUGAGGGUAGGGAAGAGACUGUUACUGCAGUGGUGCAGCUCUCAGCUGCCAGACCUCCCCAUCAACAUCAAUGGAUCCAUGGCUUACAACUACAGCAAACAUGCAGUGCUGACCCAGCUGAUCGGGAAGUACUGCUGCAUGCCUCACCUGGCAUCACCUGGGAAGAGCACAGACGUGAUGACCCUGACCAACGCUGUCCUGGCAGCAGAGGAAAAGUUUGGCGUCUCCAAGCUGAUCGUGAGUCCGAGCGAGAUCCUGAACGGAACAGCCGACGACCACGCCCUCAUGAUAUACACAGCCCUGCUCAGGAGGAAGAUCUCCCUGCUGCAGGAGGACCCGUCAGUGCUGGCGCAGGCAGGGAGGAUCCUGUUAGCCGACGCCCCCAAACUUCUGCCGACUGCACAGCCUCAGAGGAAGAGUCAUCCCACUGGUGUACAGAAGGCUGCCAGUCCACCCAAGAGGCCAGGAGAAGGAGGCCGUCCCAUCCAAGUACUUCUGGAACAGCAGGCCAAACAACAGGCUUCCAUCAAGCUCCUGCGGGAACAGCUGAAGUCACUGGAGAGUUUCAAACAGGAGGCCCUACAGAGCUUCAAUCAGUCUCCCAACAGCAGUGUUGCCAAACAACUGGACGCCAGUCUGCUGCGGUCCACCCCCACCCUGUCCUCAGAGUUCUCCCCCAUACGGAGCCCAAACUCACACCAGUCCAGGAGCCGGGACACCUCCCCACACAGAGCCUCACAGACAAACCUCUACCAGUCUUCACCGGUACCGAGGAACAGGAGUGCACCGUCAAGUCCCACUAAGGGGAGAAGCCUCAGUGAUGACCUUGGCCUGACGCAGAGGUCACCAACUCAAGGUCACAGUCGACAAGCCACCAGGAGUUCUCAAGGUCAGCAUGAGGGAGCGAAAGAGAGGAGCGCUAGUGACGUGUCGAGUCGGAGCACCGUCAGUGGGUCCUCCCAGUACAGUAGUGUGAGCGGUGUGAGCAAGCUGACUGGCUCCACUGACGCACAAACGGCAGUUCUGAACACGGGGAAAGCCGCAGAUCCCUCCAUGCUAUCGUCUCAGCGUAAACCCAGUCCGCAGAAGUCCCUCGCAGAAGAGAUUCGGGAAAGUCUUACACCUGGAGGCGCUGUAGACUCCGGGCAAACGAGCGGCGCGUCAGACACGUAUCUAACGAGGGACCUGCUGAAAACAUUUAAUCAGGGACUGGCCCAGAGCAGGGCAAAGCCACUGACUGUACAGACUGGCUCUGUGGAUCAGGUACGAGCGGGAAAUGCGCUAGAUUCGCCGAGUUCCGUGUCGGAUAAGCGAACGAGCGACAGUGGGAUGUUGAGUCGAGAAGGCACCAUGGGGACUAUGACCCCGCAGAGCUCGACCUCUGAACUUAGCGUGAAGUCGCAAAGAGAGUGGACGCCGACCAAUGGGAAAGCAGGAAGCCAUGACGAAGACUUGACUUUCUCGGCAGACGAGUUUGGGAGAAAGCUGGAGGCAGCGCUGAAAGCAACACCCCUUAACACCACUUUCAAUUUGCAUGAUGAGAGCUCAUACGACCACACUCAGGACAGGCAGAAGUCAUCUUCUCUAACAAAUAUCCGUGUGAAAUCCUUGCCAAACGGAGAUUCCGGAUUCUCCAGCUCCACUGCUCUGUGUAAAAAUGGACCCUCCAGCAGUUCGGACGGAAAUCUUUACCUGAACCCGGAUUCUGGCUACCCUUUCCAGAACAGACCAAAACUCGGCAAUUUCGCCAACAUUUCCGGCGUGUUGAACUCAUCGUUGUUAUCGGAGGGGGUGAUAUUCCGAGCGGAGGACCUACAGGACCCGGAGCUGACCAAACUGCCCGAUUUCUCCCUCUCUUCCCCGACCCCUGGGUCACCUUCGAACCCCAGGAUGCAGUCUACCCCGGUCCCGACCCGCAUGCCGUCUCCCAUGAGCCUCCUGAGUUUCAUGACCAGCAUGGAACAGGGUGGGGGGGACGAGCUGCUGUCUCUGCUGGAGAUGAUUGGUCAGCAGAGCGAGAAGCUCAGAACAGAGUUGGAGGAGGCACAGGUGCGAGAAGCACAGCUGCUGGAUGAGAUAGAGGAGCUUCAGGCGCAGCAGGUGUCACAGCCGCAAGAGGAGGCAGUGGACAGCCGUGUGCUGGCCAAACUCUCUCAGGAGGAGGUAGAGGUUCUGCGGAUGGAGAACCGUAAGCUGUACCGGGAGGCUGCGAACGCUCACAGCGAGGUCUCCCUGCAGAAACAGGCAGCAGAGGAGCUCCACACCACCAUCACCAGGCUGCAACAGGAAGUGGACCACACAUCUGCAGAAAACUUCCGGCUGCUGAACCGACUGAAGGGUGGCGAGUCUAAGGUCCUGUACGCCCGAACUCUCCCCAGUAAGGGCCUUGUCUACAGGAGGAACCAACACCCACAGGACAAGGGGGUUCAGUGCUCGCUGUCGGGCACGGUGAGGCGGCCGGAUCAGAUCAUCCACGCGGUAGUGGAACAGCAGGGGAGCGCCAACCCACACAUGUCCGACCUGGGAGUACAGGUCAACGUGGUGGAGGCCGAGUCCUUGAUGGACACAGAAAAGCUGCGGAAGGAAAACCUGGAGCUGAAGAAGAGCCUGGCAGGUCUGACUUACGAGAGGGAGGACCUACAGGACAGGCUGAACACCAAGAACCAAGACAUGGCCUCGCGUCUCAAGGAACUCAACCUGGAGCUACAGGGGAGACGGGAGGAAGUCACCACCGCCGUCUCAGAAAAUAAGAACCUCUUGAAGGAGAGGGACGACGCCAGGACAAAAGUUGAGGAGAUGGAAGACAGGCUUAAAGAUGCGGAGGCCUACAAGGAAGCUGCGUCUAAGAACUACGAAGGGUUGGAAGAAAAGCUACGAGAAAAACAGAAGGAGGUGCUUAAAGACGCCCUGCAGCUGGAAGACUCGACGGCAGGCUCGGUGAAGAGCGUUGACAGCGUGUCCAGUUCUGCCUCCUCCAUGAAUGCAGAGAAGGAAAACCUGAGACUGCGACACAAGCUAGACUUAGCCUCCACCGAGAUCGACUCGCUACGGGAACAGCUGCAGUUUGAGCAAUCGCUGGGAACCGUCCCCUCAACUCUCUCUCAGGGAAAACUCAAGGAACAGGAGAACAGGAAGCUGAAGGAUAAAGUCUCUUCACUGACCUAUGAACUAGAGACUCUCAGGGACAAACUGCAUAGUGCAGAAGAGCCCCCUAGCAGUAUUUUAGAGAAGGACAAUGCAGAGUUGAGGAAGGAGCUCAGCGCAGCCAAAAGUGAGAUUCAGUCUCUUCAUGCUACCGUCGAGAGGUACAAGCUAAACCGUGAGGAGGUACAAGACAGCGUUCAGAAACUUGAGGCCGCACUUGAAGACGCUCACAAGGAGCAGCUUGUCCUCCAGAAGGAGAUGACGUCCCUGAAGGAACAGUACAGCAAGGUCAAGAAGGAGUUGAAGGUCACGAAGAAACAGAACAAGGACGGAAGGACGUAUGAUUCCGACUCUCAAAGCGAUGUGUCAGUAAGAUCGGUGCCGUCGUCAAGUAGUGAGUACCUACCUCUUCCUGGAGACAGGGAAGUUAGCAGUCCUUACUCCAAACUCUACCACAAACUCAGACAGACCAUCGAUAAGACUGGACCACCUGCCAGUAAAGGGGGCGUGGGUCUCCCCUCGCCGUUCAAGGUCUCACAGAAAGAACAGGAUAACGUGGGAUGA